UGAAUCAAAUAUGAUAUUUUGACAUUUUUAAAAGUAUUUUCUAUAUUACUGAGAAAAUAGAUGAUUAAGUGUAUGCGCUCGCUCACAAUCUGAAAAUUUUCUAUUGUAUCACUGGCAUUUUGCGUUAUUGUUCUCGCCUUAUUUCCCCCACUACGGGAGGAUGAAAAGCGUUAGGAAGAGAUCUGUCAGUUUAUUUACAUGGCAUCAUUAAUCAGAUUUAAUAAUAUUCAAAGUUAUAAAACUGGCCAAUCACAGUUAUUCCAUUCUUCAGAAGAAUACACUUGAUUGGCCAAUUUCACAACUACGGAUAUUAUUAAAUCCGAUUAAUAGUGCCGUGUGAUAGCAGUUAGUCAGUCAGUGCUUUGUCUACAACGACGAGUCGUCUCACAGGGAAUGUAACAAAUUACAACAUUCCAUUAAACAAAAGGAAUGAAAAAAAAGAGUUUUUAAGAAACUUCUGAAAAUUUAUUCAUAUAAAUAAAUUUAUGAAAUAGUGAAGAUAAAAGAAAAUUCUAUAAUAGAAAGGCGAAAAUUUCAUGUUUUUUUACUGCACACAUUGCUGAGUAAAUAUUUCGCAGCUUGUUAGCACGAUCGUUGUUAGCAGUUUUACAUUAUCUUUAUAAUAGACGCAUAUAUCUUACUGCAUACUGCACAGAAAUACGAAAAGUAUUUCCAUUGGCAUUUACAACUAAGGCUUUUCUUACAAUCCACUUCGUUUUCUUAUAAUCUUGAGUUGACAACAAAUAAGUUGACAGAUAUGAAAUCCAUUCUGUUUUCACUUAUACUUAUUAUGAUAUUCUCAGAGGAAAAAUCGCAGGGCCUGUCAUUUCAAGACAACUUUCUAAAUUCUUUAUUUCCUAAGGAUCCUGGUUUGGUGAAAGUAAGAAGGAUGAAUCAAACCGAAAAAAUGACGAUCAAUGCAAAAGUAUUGGAUUUCGUUGGCAUGGUAGAACAAUAUGAUUAUCCUGCUGAAGAGCAUAACGUUACAACAAAUGAUGGUUAUAACUUGAUAAUUCAUAGGAUACCUGGAAGUCCAUCAGUAGAUAACAAAGUAAACAAGGAAAUUGUAUUCCUUCUGCACGGUAUUUUGGGUUCAUCUGAUAGUUGGGUAUUGUAUGGUCCGGAAAAAGAUCUUGCGUUUCUAUUAGCCGAUCGAGGAUAUGAUGUGUGGAUUGGAAAUGUAAGAGGAAAUACUUACUGUAGAUCGCAUGUGAAUAUGACGACAUACGAUCGCAAAUUCUGGCAGUAUAGCUUUCACGAGAUUGGAACGAAAGAUCUGCCAGCUAUGUUUGAAUAUAUCUUUAGAUAUACAGACCAAAAAGAUUUAUACUAUAUCGGUCAUUCAAUGGGAACCACUUCAUUAUUCGUUCUUCUAUCAACAAAACCGGAAUACAAUGUAAAAAUAAAAAUGGCCAUUUGUCUGGCUCCAGUUGCUAUUUGGAUGAAAACAUCACCUGUAAUACAUGAACUUUCUAGCAUUGUGCCAAUAGUAAAGAAGUUUCUAGCAAAGCACAAAAUAUACGAUGUUAUCCCACAAUCUUUAACGACUGUUACAUUAGCAAGAAUAUUAUGUAAUGAUAAGGUGAUAACUCAGAGUAUUUGCACCACUAUAAUAUUUUCACUCACCGGUGCGGAUCCAGCACAACUUAAUACCACAAGCUUGCCAGAAGUGAUUUCUCAUUGUCCAGCUGGUGCUUCUGUACAAGCAUUUGAGCAUUAUUAUCAAAAUGUUCACACAAAAGAUUUUCGGCAAUAUGAUUAUGGAAUAGAUGAAAAUUAUAGACGAUAUAAACGGAAAACUCCCCCAAAAUAUGAUCUUAAAAAGAUUACUGCUCCAAUUGUUAUGUUUUAUGCAGAAAAUGAUUUCUUUGUUCAAGAACAGAAUGUGCAUGAACUUAGCAAACGCUUACCAAACGUUGUUCUGACUGAAAAAGUUCCAUAUAAACUUUUCAACCACAUAGAUUUCACAUGGGCAAUCGACGCUAAAACUCUUUUAUUCGAUCGUGUAUUAGAAUUAAUACAAAAGUUUGAGACUAAUAAAAAUAUAUCCAUAAAAUAAACCAAAUUAAAGAAUAUAAAUCUUUUUGUCACUUUAUGUUGUAAUUUUAAAUAUUGGUAUAAAAGAACAACUUAAAAAAUCUCUCAGAAAGUCAUCAAAUCAGAUAUUAGGUUGAUGCAAAUGAAUUGAUCGUAUUUUUUAAUUUAAAUUUUAAACUCAAAAUUUGCUUUAUUAUUCAAAAUAGUUUCUAUAUACUUCAAAGUACUUCUGCCAAUGUACAACUCACAUCAAUGCCAAUCUUAAAAAAAUUAAAACGGCGACAUCAAUGGUGGAGGAUGCAUGCGCGCGGAGCAAAUGGUCGAGAUUUGUGACUCCAGAUCAAAACUUUUCGAAUCAAUGCAAUGUCUCGUCGUCAUUUUAGUGGCGAAAGCUUUGCAGAAAGCAGUAUUAAUGUUUCACAGUGCCUUGAUAUUUUGACUGAAUUUGCACUUUUACAAGUAAAUUAAAUAAACUUCUUUAUUUUCAAUGUUAUAAAAUUUUGAUUUAUACAUAUAUUUAUUAAAGAAGGAAUUGAAUACAUCAGACAAACGAUCAUUUUGCUGAAUAAAAAAAUUACAAAAAGAAGUUAGAAAAUGUCUGCGUAAAAAAUUUGUGCGCGGUAAAUGUACGAAGAGAAUUAUGUACAAAUGCAUUUUAUGUAGAAGAGAGUUGCUGAAUAUAUACCGAUCUUCUAAAGCAUGCCUAUUCAAUAUUUUAUACUUUUACUUUAUAUAAGCAACAUUUAGUGACAAAAAUGAAAAAUAAAUAAGAAUUAAAUAAUAUAUACAAGAAUUUAACAAGUUUCAAUUUGUUUUGAACAAAUUAUUAAUGAUUUAAGAAAUCAGGUACCUUUAAUGUAAAUUUUUCAUCAACUUAUAUUUACGUACAGCUUAUAAUGACGUAAUUACGCAAUUUUAUUUUGAAUUGUUAUAUUUGUUAUAAAAGAAAACUUGUUAAAAAACAUUUUACAUUUAUUGUAUAUACAUAUUUAAAAUUAUAAUAAAAAUUAAAUCGAUAUUUUUAUAAACUCCAUCAAGUUUCCUAAUUCGUAACACCACAAAUUUUAUUUAAAAAAAAUGAUACUAAUGUAAGAAAGAAUAAUAAAACUAGUAAUUCAUAUGAAUAAAUUACAUCAGUUACGAAAA